AUGGUACUGAAGAAGAACCUGUCGCUCAAGGAAAAGUAUCCUGAGAUCUAUGCUCAGACGAAUAUCGAUCGGACGGGACAUGAACGUGUUGUGCCUAUGGAAGUUCUGUCGCUUGGGUUGGGACGUACUGGUACCAUGUUGUUCCAUACAAUUCACAGCNNAAUGAAAGCAGCCUACGAGAUCCUAGGCUACCCAACCUAUCACUACAUCUCCAUGAUGGAAAACCCUCCAGACCUCGACCUUUGGCUCUCCGCCCUUCGCAGAAAGUACUCUCCUCGAAACGACGAAACUCCCUUUAAAGUCGCCGAAUGGGAUUCUCUUCUGGGUCACGUCUCAGCAGUGACAGAUAUUCCAAUUACUGCUUUCAGCCCAGAACUCAUUGCCGCUUACCCUCACGCCAAAGUCGUGUUGGUGGAAAGAGAGGUCGAGAAUUGGUAUAAGAGUUUUGAAAAGAAUGUCAUUUCGAGCUUUGCAGCGCCCAUGACCAGAGUUCUGGUGAAACUGGAUCCUGGGUUUAUUGGUAAGCAAGGAGAGAUUGGAGAGUAUGUUAUGCGUGGAUAUUGGCAGGCGUCUAGUUUUGACGAUUGGAGGGCGAAAGCUAGGCAAGGAUAUUUGGAGCACAAUGCCUUGAUCAAGAAAUUGGUGCCUAAGGAUCGAUUGUUGGUGUACAAGCUAGGCAGUGGGUGGGCACCGUUGUGUGAGUUCUUGGGCAAGGAGAUCCCCGAAGUUGAGUUUCCAAGAGUCAACGAGACUGAAGAGUUACAAGAAAGAGUCUUNUUGUCUUUGAUGUUGGGGCUGAGGAAAGCGAUCUUACGCUAUGCGAAGAUGCUGCCAUUGAUGAUACCUUUCUUUGUCAUAGUUUGGUAUCUCUGGCGCAUCACUAACCGAGGAUUGAGUUGA